AUUCAAAAUUCCUGCUGAUCUACUAGAAAAUCAAUAAAAUUUUGUUUUAUUUGUAAACGUACCUCAAAAACUAAAGUUGGAAUUGCAUAAUUAAUUGAAGAAGACUGCUACAACUUGUAAAUUUCUUAUUUCAAGCAAUAUGGCAAUAGAGAAACCCAAAUUGUCCACAGUUCCUGUACCAAAGAAAUCUCGCUUAGAAAUGAAUGUCAGACAGCUCCUAAGUAAAUGUGAACUUAUAGCCAAAGAGGAAUCAAUAGACGGGAACUGGCGUCUAAAAAAAUAUGUGGAAUCUUUAAGCAGUAUGAUUACGGAACUAAAAACUGGACCUGAUAAACCAUCAAAAGAUAUACUGUCUGAGUAUUCAAAAAGAGCGGCUUUCUUAAAAGGUGUUGUUCAAACUGCUACACUGAGCACUCCUAUUGAGAAGCUUGAAGCAGUUCAACAACUAUCGCACGGUGCAGCUACAAUGUCAGUUGAUGCAACACAAGAAAUACAUCAAAAGACUGUUGCUAAGUAUGGAGUAGAAUUAAGAUCUGAACUGUUUGGGUUGGAUGAUAAUGAUGACUCUCUCCGUAAAAGGAACAUUAUUAAAACACCAAAUUUCACAAGCAACACUACCAGUCAGGAAGACAUUGAUUCAAUUCUGAAAUACCAUCAGAACAUGCAGGAGAAAGUCGCUGAGAACAUGGUGAUGCUUACAAAGAACUUGAAGGAGCAGUCACAGAUUGCUAGUACAAUUAUUAAGGCAGAUACAGAGGCAUUAAAAAAAUCAUCAGACUUGACCGACCGUAACUUGUCAUCACUGAAAGUGGAAUCGGAGAGAUUGCAGGAACACAGUCGAAGUGCCUGGAAAUGUUGGCUCUGGAUCAUGUUAGCUGUGGUCAUGGUUAUAUUUAUUAAUAUGGUCCUGUUUAUGAAGGUUAUGAAGAAAAGAAAAUACGAACUUUAAAUGCUUAGGUACGUGAAUAUAUUGUUAAACUAUAUUAUGAAAGUCUAAUGACAAUUACUUUAUCCAAUGACAAUGUGGAUAUAAUUUAUGAUGAAUAAUAAAUAUAUAUAGCAGUAAUA